AUGUCAAAGCCCAAACCCCAGUUGAAAUGGGUCUGGAAGAGUGGUUUCCUCCAAGAGAGCCUGGAUCUGACCCACAACCCCACACUCAGGGUCCAUGCCCAAGAAGGGAACGUGAGCAACUGGCCGGGGAGAAAAAAGUUGGGGUAUAAAUGCAAAAAACAGACUUUCUUCCCUUCUGCGCCAGGUCUGCCCGUCUCACAAGCCAUCCAACUCCUGCAGGAGAAGCUCGCUGCCUUCCGGGUGACUCUUCCGGACUUCCACCUGCGUGCCGUCUGCGAUUACUUCCACAACACCUUCAUCAAACAUUACGGGCUGCACCAGUUCGUCCUGGCUCAGGAGAGGGACCGCUGCCAGACCUUUGCCAGCCUGGAGGUGUACGCUCCCCCCAAGCCCCUGCCGCUGAGGCGGGGGACGGAAAUAAGGGCCUGGAAGUACCAGCAGCAGCUGGCCGCAGUCUCUGCAGCGGAGGAGGAAAAGCAGGCCGAAAUGGAGUGGAUCAGGGCAACCUUGUGCAAAGAGAGGGAGAACAUGCUGGAGGAGGUCUACAGGAGUGUCCGGACGCAAACGGCGACCCUGGAGAAAGAGACUCUGAUGUCUCUUGUCCGAGAAGCGAUUAAGGCCCAGGUCCAGAGUCUGCACGAUAUCAUCCAGAACGAGAUCCAGGCCACCUUUGAAAUCCUUCAGCUCCGGCUCCAGAAGAAGGCCUUGCUCCUCAACCCGCCUGCCCCUUACCCGCCACCCUACAGCCCUGAUGGGAGGAAGACCAGCAAGCAGAAGAAGCUGAAGGAUUUAAUAUUGGAGGCUCAGAUUAAGGAGAAGGAGAAGGAGGAGAGGGAGAGGGAGAAGGAGAGGGAGAAGGAGAGGGAGAAGGAGAAGAAGGCGGAGAAGAAAGCGCAGAAGGCGGCGCAGAAGGCUGCGAAAGACGAGAAGUCAAAGAAGAAAAAGAAGUGAGGGCAGCAUUGAGGUUCUCCCAGGCAUGCCCUGACAUUCUCAAUCCCAUGCCUGUGUUCUCUCUUCCAGGUCUUCUUCGUCCUCUGGCCUUGAGGAGGAUUCUCAGUGCCAAAGUAAAUCUGUGCCUGGGGCUUCCCCACUUCAGACUGCAGGUGGGACCUCACUUUCCUUCAAAUACAUCCCAUAGAAAACUUGCGCGUCAGGGGGGAAGUGCCGUGGCCUUGCCUUCCUCUCUGACACGCUGGUUUUCCAUGGAGAUAAUUUUCUCUCCCUCGUUCACGUGAACCCCUCCAACUUGUGGCCUUCAGCUGUCUCGUCCAGACACGGGUUAACUCCCUCACUGAGAACAAAGCCGAAGUCUCUUUGUUCACAGGGGUAGAGAUUUACAAAGAAACCCAGACAGAUGUGUGCACCUAAAUGUAGAUGCAAUGUUCACCAAAACGUCAGAGGUUUUCGUUCCAUCUUUCUCAACAAAAAUUCUUCCUGCCAGGCCUAUGGAAGGAUGAAGAGACUGUUAUGGAUGCUGCAAAGGGGUUCAUCGUGAGCUCCCUCUGUCUUUACUCUUCCAAAUAAACUAAAACAUUUAAUAUUUCUUUCAA